AUGGACGACUACUCAUCACCUCGUCAAACCUUUAUUCCAUUGCUCUCUUCGUGCCUUACCCAAGAAGAGAUCUCUCAACUGAUAAACUCCAUUUUGGCUUUGGAUCCAAAGCGCAGCACAGAAGAGGUUCAGUACGCAGCAACGCUUCAAGUACUGGCCCCAGCGUUAGAACGUCUCCUAGUGACCACCCAAGAGGAAUCGGACAAGGAACAUGGCACAGCCCUCCGUGACAUUCAGCUAGAAGCUUCAAAGCGGACUCGAAGCAUCUUCGCCAACCAUCAAAGAUUGGGCUCCAUCUUCGCGGAACAUGGUCGUGAUCUAAAGCAUCGAUGGGGGAACCGGAACCCUGAUAGGCGGAGAAAGUUACUCCUAACCGCAUGGCCAGAUAUACCCCUAGUACAUAGGCCAGAUUUCGACGCACUUAGGCAACAACGAUCUUUGUGGAGCCUGGAGCGUAAAAGGGAUGGGACCAAACACAAAAAUGCCUAUCUCAUGCCCCACAUCAACGUUGAAGAUCUUGGCAAGUCGAAAAACCUACUGCUGUUCAUCGAGUCCCGAACGCGUAACGACCCAGAAGCCUUUGCCUGGUCGGAUUCGCUGCAAAUACGGAUGGCUGCUUCAGCCGAUGCCGUCAAAAUAAUGACGUGUACGGGGUACACCAUGAUGCUGAGCGGUCAAAUGACACAAGAAGCCUAUGGAGAUAUCGUCUCUUGGAAGGGGGACUCGAGUUCUAUCCAGAGUCUUCUUAUGGGCACAGGCUUCAAUCCCAGCGAAGGGUUGAUUGUGCUUGAGAUACAGGAUAGGACGCUGCAGUUUUUGAUUACCUGCACGGAUCUCAUGCGAGGUGUGAAAGCGGGAGCAACGAUUGACCGUGCGCAAGCUGCGCCCACCGCUGGAACCGAUGCUCAGGCUCAGGAGGCUGAAGCAUCAGUCAAACCUAUUCAUGCUGGGCUCAUCAUUGACGAUGAGACAUCUCCAUCAGAAUCAACGGUGGAAGUCAACACCAAAGCGCCCUAUCGCCAACCUCAGCAUUUCUCUCUUGAAUACCUUCGAAAGCUGGCUACUGCCAAAAAGGACGAAGCUGAAGAUGAGAUCUGGGCGCUAAGAGAAGACCCGUCUUAUUUUCAGAAUGUCUUGCAACACCGUUACCAAAUGACCCUAUACGUCUUCGAAAGGGUGUACAGCGAGGAUGUCACAACGCUGAAGGGUAAAAUUCUGCAAACAGCUUGUGGCAAUAUCAUUCAUGCCGCAUACAAGUAUCUGAUAAUAUGGGAUAUUAUCUUAGAGGACCUGCAGAAGCUCGAAAGAUUGCACAUUGGAAUCGCGACAUCGCCCGUCGAGCCACUACCGGACAAAUACCAAGAGGCGCUUGCGAGUUUUGUGCUCGUAAUAGACAAGCUAACAAAAUACCCUUUGGAGGACCUGCGAAAGGUUUUACCAAUGAGUGAGCCAAUACGAGAGUACUUUGACCGCACCCGCAAGAACGACGGUAGUAUUGCUUAUCUUCCUCGGAAGGACAUGGAGAUUCCGCCCAUCAUAGGGAUGGUUUAUGACCUCAUGAAUCCUGAGCGUACAGCGCUGAUGGGCGUCCCAAACAUCCUGGACGAUGUAGAACGGAUCAUGCGCAAGGACAAGAGACAGAAAGGCCUCAUCACCACCGAGGUUGCGAAGACAUUGUCAGAGACGGCCGCACUUGGGGAGAUCCAUGCGCGGUUGAGUUGCCAUCAACCUCGAAUUCAGCUCCCGAUGGAUCUUGACUCGUUUCUUGCCGAUGUGGAGUCGCGCAUCGGAAUCAUCGCCAUGAUUCAGAAGCAGAUGGAAGGCGUCAGCCUCGAUCAAUUUGUGACACCAGCCCAGGAUUUCGACUACCCUGCAAAUGCGAGAAGAACACAAAAGACCAUUGACAGACUUCGCGCAGAAGAGACGAUGCUUGACACAUUCUGGCAGCAGGUAGAUCAGCACUUCACAAAGACUUGCGGGAAGACACUCAAUGGCUUCAUGGGAGACAGGAUUUCUGAGCGUAAAAUUGAGCGUACUGGUACCUGGCAGUCGGCAGUAGUCCGCCCAAAACAGAAAAAGAAGGCAACCCCACAUACAACACCGGAGGAAAUUGAGGCUUUACGGACGUUCCAAACGGAAGCAGAAAGCAGCACACCACUUGCCGCACGACCGAAGGAGAAAGUCAAGACGCGCGGUGUGGCCAACCCUCCACCGGACCUCGGCGCGGCUGGAGAGCCAGAGGCAGAAGUUACGGCUGAGCCUCAGGCACAGGUGUUCGAGCUGGCGAAGGCACCCUACAAAACCAUGCGAAAGUUCUUUCCAGCCGACGUCCAGGAUCGAAUCGGAGCCAAAGUCUCGUGGAAGGACUUUGUGUCUGCGAUGCAGAAGCUUGAUUUCAGCAUCAAGUCUCUUGACGGCUCGGCGUCGCUUUUCGAACCGGCAUGGAAGCCGGAAUCUUCCAUCAUUUUCCAUGAGCCUCAUCCCGGGAACGAAAUACGGUUUGACCUUCUGCGACGUUAUAGCGGUAGGCUGUUUAGGAAGUACGGAUGGACCACGGAGACCUUUGUCCAAGGGUAA